UUUGUCGUCUGCGAGGUGGCCGGACUAUUCAUUCGAAUCCUUCAAUGGCCUCCAGACAAGAGCUAUAAUGCCCCCGGAGUAUGAACUCAACGGGCCACAUCGCUUCUUCGCUAAGCAUAGCCCCUGCCCGCGGCACUCGUAUGGCUUUCUCAGAAUUCGUCCACGCCCUUAAAGAAUACCAGCUAAUCUCUGUGCUUCAGGGGGCAACCUCCUGUUGCCUUGUUCUACCGAACCGGUCUCGUCUGCUUCCGGCGACCUACCAAGAACGCACCUUCGCCGAGUGGGGCAAACGGUUUGGUGCAUUGCCAGAUUGUACACGAAGACAUAGUACUCAUUCGACUGAUCAGGGACGUGUGUAUGCGCAAUUCUUCAAUACACCUGUGAUAUUCUCGGCGUGCGGAGACCGCGCUGCGCUGCUCACAAGCGAGGCGCGAAGUACUCAGGACGACCGCAGUUUACUCGGGUGGACCAACGUCCUCCUGAUGUCGUACACGGAGCAAUGGAUGCGCCACCGCCGAUGGAUGCAGUCACGUCAGGAGAUACAGAAGCUACUUCACGACCUCAUCCGCGAUCCUGGGGACGUGUUGGCCCAUGUCAAGAGGUACACUGCAGCGCUGAUGCUCGGUAUCGGGUACGGCUACUCUCCGACGUCUGAACAGGCGAUCCGCCUCCUCGGCGGAGGCGGGCCGGGCUCGCUCUCGUUGACUUCUUUCCUGCUCGUAUUGCGGCAUCUACCUGCGUGGAUGCCAGGUAUGGAGUUUAAGCGUAGGGGCAUACAUAUGGAACGCAUCCCGCUAGAGCGCGUGAAGCGCAACAUGACUGCGGGAACGGCUACGCCGUGCGUCGCGACAACACUGCUAGAGGAAGUAAUCAAGGGCGGAAUGCUCAGUGAAGCCGACGAGAAAGAAAUAUCCAUGACGUCAGCGAUACUCGCUGGGUUCCUUCUCGCGAUGAUCCUGCAUCCGAACGUGGUCGGAGAAGAGCGCCUCCCAGAGCCUAGAGAUCGAACGGCGCUGCCAUAUCUCGAGGCGGUCCUGACGGAAGUGUAUCGGCACACCCCACUGCUCACUGAAUCAGACGAGUAUGCUGGAUAUGAUAUGCCCAAAGGGUCUGUCGUGAUUGGAAACGUAUGGGCUAUGUCGCGUGAUGAAGAUUCUACCCGGAUCCCGACAGAUUCGACCCGACAGAUUCUGAAUGUCAGCGCGGAAACAGCAGAGACGAGGGACCCACGCAACUUCGUGUUCGGAUUCGGCAGACGCAUGUGUCCCGGACGAGUGCUCGCAGACUCGAGCAUCUUCCAUGCGGCAUCCAAUCUCGCCGCCGUCUUCAAUAUUCGACAGGCGUCGGGACCAGACGGGAAACCGAUUCCAGUGGCGGUCGCGUUCACGUCUGGCGCAGUGAGAGGACGAUCUCAUAUUAGGGGCAGGAAUCUCAGGCAAAGAACAGUCGUGAGCGAGUACAAGAGCGAUAGUCCCUAA